CGGGGUAAUGCCCUCGGUGAUGGAGAAGCCGAGCGCGGGCUCCGGGAUCCUGUCCCGCAGCCGGGCCAAGACGGCGCCCAACGGCGGACAGCCCCACUCGGAGGAUGACAGCAGCGAGGAGGAGCACUCGCACGACAGCAUGAUCCGCGUUGGAACCAAUUACCAGGCCGUAAUUCCGGAGUGCAAGCCUGAGAGCCCAGCCCGCUACAGUAACAAGGAGCUGAAGGGGAUGUUGGUGUGGUCGCCCAACCACUGUGUGUCAGAUGCCAAGCUUGACAAGUACAUUGCGAUGGCCAAGGAGAAGCAUGGCUACAACAUUGAGCAGGCGCUGGGCAUGCUCUUGUGGCAUAAGCACGAUGUGGAGAAGUCGCUGGCCGACUUGGCCAACUUCACCCCGUUCCCUGACGAGUGGACCGUGGAGGACAAGGUGCUGUUUGAACAGGCCUUUGGCUUCCAUGGCAAGUGCUUCCAGCGGAUCCAGCAGAUGCUCCCUGACAAGCUGAUCCCCAGCCUGGUGAAGUAUUACUACUCAUGGAAGAAGACCCGCAGCCGGACCAGCGUGAUGGACAGACAGGCUCGGCGGCUGGGGGGCCGAAAGGACAAAGAAGACAGCGAUGAGCUUGAAGAGGGCCGGGGAGCCGUUAGUGAGGGAGAGCCGGAUGCUGGAGACCCUAAGAGAGAGCCUCUGCCCUCUCGGCCCCUGAAUACCCGGCCAGGCCCCGGGAAGAAGGAGGCCCAGGGGUCUCAGUACCGUCACCACCCGCUGCGAACCCGACGUCGCCCACCCAAGGGCAUGUACCUGAGCCCCGAGGGCCUCACGGCUGUGUCAGGAAGCCCAGACCUUGCCAACCUCACUCUUCGAGGCCUUGACUCGCAGCUCAUCUCCCUCAAGCGCCAGGUACAAAGCAUGAAGCAGACCAACAGCAGCCUCCGCCAAGCGCUGGAGGGGGGCAUCGAUCCACUGCGCCCCCCGGAGGCCAACACCAAGUUCAACUCCCGCUGGACCACCGAUGAGCAGCUUUUGGCCGUACAAGGUGCAGAUCACCUCCGUCUCAACGUCUGUGCCCCGAUCGCUGCCCACCGUGCCGCCGCCGCCGCCGCCUCCCGCCUCGCUGUCCCAGCCGCCGCCGCUGCUGAGGCCGCCUCUGCCCACGGCGCCCACCCUGCUCCGCCAGCCACCCCCACUCCAGCAGGGCCGGUUCCUCCAGCCCCGCCUGGCCCCCAACCAGCCCCCACCACCUCUCAUCCGCCCUGCUCUGGCUGCCUCCCGCCACGGUGCCCGGCCUGGCCCUCAACCCCCACCCACCCUGAUUGGAGCCCCCCUGGAGCCUCCGGCACCCUCACUCUGAGCCCUGAGGCCCUCUACCCUCCAGAGGCUCCAGAACGCCGUUGCUGGCCAUCCUUGGACACCUCUGGCUUCACUGAGGACGGAAGGGACUCGAGCUCUUGGGCAGGUCUUUCAAAGUCCCAGAGCUGCCAGUGGGCACAGUCUGGACCUGUGGGCUCUGCAGGAUUCUGGCAGUGGAGUCUUUCGGCGCCCACCCCAGCCAGGGGCUGGGGCUCAGGGGUCUUCUGAGCUGGCCUGAGGGUCCUUGCUCUUCCUGGCUGGGGCUGGAAUGGCUGCCUCCUAGUCUGCUGGGGCUUGGCCUUUGGGUCUGGCCCUUUGUGUAGAGGGGGUAGUGAUCUUAGCUUGGGGGAUGGGGGAGAGGACAGCCUUGGCUGUUCUUCCUCUUUCCUUUC